AUGUAUUAUUCGGAUCAAUUAGGACUUCCUCUGUCCGAUAAGUCUCUCUGGAGACUUCGCACAGACGAGUUGGGAAGAGAAACGUGGCACUACUUGACAAAAGAGGAAGCAUUAAGUGAACCCCAGUCAAAUACCACCAAGUUUCUCUUGGAUAUGGAGGAUUUUGUUCGUCCAGAACCAGAAAAAAUUUCCACGCCUUAUGAAGCUGCUGUCAAAGGUACAGAGUUUCUUGGUACCAUUCAGGAAGAAUGUGGCAUGUUUGCAUGCCAAUAUAAGGGUCCUAUGUUCAUGUCCAUUGGAUACAUCACAGCCAGUUACUUCACCAAAACAGAAAUCCCUGAGGUGUACCGCCACGAGAUGAUCCGCUACAUUGUCAACACCGCACACCCUGUGGAUGGCGGCUGGGGACUCCAUUCCGUAGAUAAAUCAACGUGUUUCGGCACCACCAUCAAUUAUGUUGCACUCCGUCUCUUGGGAAUGGAUAAAGACCAUGAGGUCUGUAUGAGAGCAAGGAGGACACUCCAUAAGCUUGGAGGAGCGCUCGGAAACCCGCAUUGGGGUAAGGCUUGGCUCUCAUUGAUUAAUUUGUAUGGGUGGGAAGGUGUGAAUCCUGCUCCUCCAGAGUUGUGGAUGCUUCCCUACUGGACUCCAAUCCACCCGGGUAGGUGGUGGGUGCAUACUCGUGCAAUCUACUUGCCGUUAGCUUAUCUUUCUGCUAAUCGGAACACGUGUGCAUUGGAUCCGUUGUUGGAAGAGAUCCGUCUGGAGAUCUACUUGCCUAAACAUUUGCCAUAUGAGUCUAUUGACUUCUCUAAGCACAGAAAUACCGUGUGUGGCGUUGACCUCUACUAUCCACACACCCAGAUUUUGGAUCGUAUGAACUGGGCGAUUGUAAAGUAUGAGAAGUAUUUGAGGCCAAAGUGGUUAUUGAAGAAAGCCAGCGAUAGAGUGUAUGAAUUGAUCAAGAAAGAGUGUCGAAACACGGAAUAUCUAUGCAUUGCUCCUGUGAACUUCUGUUUCAAUAUGAUUAUUACCUAUAUUGAAGAAGGAAGAGAUUCUAAGGCAUUCCAACAAUUUUUGUACAGAAAAAACGACGUUUUGUUUCAUGGUCCUCAGGGUAUGACGGUCAUGGGUACCAACGGAGUUCAAGUGUGGGACGUGGCGUUCAUGUGUCAAUACCUUAUUGUUGCCGGAAUGGCCCAGCACCCCAAGUAUCACGAUUUGAUCUUAAGAGGCUAUUAUUUCUUGCGCCGAUCGCAGUUUACUGAAGAAUGUGAAGAGGGCAGUUUCAGAGACCGCCGGAAAGGCGCAUGGCCGUUCAGUACCAAGACACAGGGAUAUACGGUCAGUGAUUGUACUGCUGAGGCUUUGAAAGCUAUUAUCAUGGUAGAGAACGAUGAUUAUUUGGGAAAACAAAUCUCGGACAAGAUUGACCAACAGAACUUGAGAGACGCCGUGGACCGUAUUUUGUUCAUCCAGAACACUGGAUCAUGGGAAAAAGGCUCAUUUUCUGCCUACGAAGCGAUCAGAUCCUCUCCAUUAUUGGAGAGUUUGAGUCCUGCGGAGGUGUUCAAUCAAAUCAUGGUGGAGUAUCCAUACGUGGAAUGUACUGACUCGUCGGUGCUUGGCCUCACCUACUUUAUGAAAUACUACCCGGACUAUAAGCCGCAGGUGAUCCUGGACGCUAUCGAUAGCGCCAUUGAAUACAUUGAAAAGGCUCAAGACCCUUUUGAUGGGUCAUGGUAUGGUUCAUGGGGUAUUUGCUACACAUACGCAGCCAUGUUUGCCGUGGAGGCGUUAGAAACUGUGGGUAAAAGUUACCACACGUCGGAAGUUGUCAAAAAGGGCCUUGACUUCUUAGUGGCAAAGCAGGAACAUGAUGGUGGCUGGUCCGAGUCGAUGAAAUCAUGUGAGACGCACACCUAUGUACCCAGUGGAAAAUCCUUGCUUGUACAGACGUCAUGGGCUGCCAUUGCGCUAAUUUUGGGCGACUAUCCUGACCGUGCGCCGAUUGACAGGGCUAUCAAACUCCUCAUGGACAGGCAAAGCCUUAGCGGAGAAUGGAAGUUUGAAGAUGUGGAAGGUGUUUUCAACCAUAGUUGUGCUAUCGAGUAUCCAACUUAUAGGUUCUUGUUCCCAAUUAAGGCACUUGGGCUUUAUGCCAAAAAGUUUGGAGGUAGCACCACUCCAUUCUCUUAA